AUGGACGCCGUAGCGUUCCCGCCGCCGCCCGCGCCGUUCCUCGACGAGGACCUUGACUUCGGCGACUUCACCUUCGCCUCCGCGCCCGCCGCGCCGCAGCCGCAGCUGCCCGCCGCCGCCUUCGCGGCCUUCGACGACGACUGGGGCGACUUCGUGGCGAGCGGGCUCGGAUCCGACGCGGUCGCCUCGGCGCCGCCGACGGCCGCGCCCGCCGCAGCUCCCUCCUCCUCGUCGUCCUGGGCGAAGCCGCGGGGCCCGCUGCCCCUCUCCCUGUUCGGCGCCGCCGCCGACGACGGCGGCCAGGAGGAGGAGGAAGGGCCCGCCGGGCCGCCGCCCACGGCCACGGCGCCCCAGCGCGCCCUGUCCUUCCCCUCCAACGGGUCCGAGCCCGCGGAUCUGAAGGACCUCAUCGCUGGCCUCUACGGAUCUCAGCCGCCACCCGUCGCCGACGCGGUCCUGGACCCGCAAGUGGAGGCGGAGGAUGACGAAGGGUUCGGAGACGAUGAUUGGGAAUUCACGGCGGCGACGGCGGAACCUGUCGAUCAGGAUGGAGACGGACCUGGGCAUGCGGAUGGAAUUGGUAAGAUUGAGGAUAUAACAAAAUCAUUGAGCACUGACCAGGAAGACUGGUCAUCGUUUACCAGUGUUGAUUACAAAUUGAACCAUGUUCAUCAAACAACCGAUGGUCUUGGGACGCAUGAGUCCACUGGAGAAUCUGUGAAGGCCUCCACUUAUUCGCCAGCUAAUAAUUCAUCCAUACUGAACCUGUACAAAGAAAGCGAACGGGCUGACACUAUUCACAUUGCUCAAAGCUCUGCAGAAAGUGUCCAGAGUUCAUCUGAUCUGUUUUCUAAUAAUGAAAUGAACUCUUCAUUUGAAACAGAUGACAACCAUUCCAGUAGGUCAACAAGUGAUUGCAUUUUGAUUGAAUUCUACCAUAGACUGAGAGAAGAGUCCUUGACAGCAAUAUCUCGGCACAUGAAGGAUCUUAGGGAAGCACAAAAGGAAUCUACAUUCUCUGAUGAAAACAACAAAGCAACUGCAAUCGGAAGGGAUAUUCAGGAAAUAUACGACAAACUAAAAGAUUCUUUGCUGCCCAAAGGCUUUUUCACAGAGGAACAGCCUCGGAAGGAUGUAUAUAUCACAGAACUCCUUAAUUGUAUCAAAGAGGAACAUCUGAAGGAUUUGGAACAAGAAUAUUGUUUAGCAGAAAAGAUAGAACGGGCAUCGGAGGACACGGAUGUUGCAGUUGAACUUUACAAGCUCAGUGUUUCCACCCUACAUAUACUGAAACUAGCAUCCAAAGAGGAACAGGGUGAUUAUGUUGGUUCAUGGUACAGUAUGCUUCUGUCCUGUGCCCAAGAAUUGCAGCAUGGUGCGGCACUUUGGCAAGAAUUUUAUCAUGCAAAUGUCUGCGACAGAGUAGUUUCUGAAGGUGGUCACUACUUUAUUGCUCUUGGGGAGAUAUAUAGAGUUGCACAGAUUUUACAUUUAUCCUUGCAGUGUUUCAAGCCCUGGGUUCUUGCAGAUCUUGGAAUGUUGAGUAAAAUGUUGUCUUCUUUGGACAGCUGCACUGAUGCUUGGACUAGUGGUUUGGAAAUGGCUCUUAAGAUGGUCAUUGACAGGAAUCACAUAGAUGCAUGUUUUGCUAAAGCUCUCAUGGAGUCGAUUAAGAAUAUUACAAAACUUGAAGUGCCCAAUCUACAAAGAAUUAUUCCCAACAAUGAGAUGCGAUGUAGACUAAGUCUCUUGCCAAGUAGUCUUCUUCCAGGAUUGAAUGUGGUCAUGUGGAAUGGUGGUCACUAUUUUGUUAAAGUUGCAAAUCUGUGGGCAAACCGGAUAUCUCCUGAUCCUCCUCUGCUGCCAAGCAACCCCGCCUCUUCAAUGAACAACGCAGCAACACUCGCCAGUCAUGCUGAAUAA